AUGUACGUUGUAGCUGUAGACAGACAAAGGAAUGGCAGUUUGGAGGAACAAUGCGGCGUGAUCAACUUGCAAGCAAGGGACAACAAGCAGAGGCGUGCUCAGCUUUUUUGCAUCUCUCCUCCAUCCAUCAUGUCCAGCUCGCCGCCAGAUCUCUCCUCUCUCUCCCUCCACUCAAGACCCUCCCAGCAACGUCUUCAUGACACUUAUGAUUACGACGGUCUCCAGGCCACCAGGCCCCAGUUCCACUUCGCCACAUCCCAGGGCCUCCAGCAGUCCCCCUACAACCCCCUUUCCACCAGCCUAGGCCAGUCGCCCCUCAAGAACAAGCCCGUGCGCAGUGGUCUCCCCACCCAAUGGCUCGACAGCAACUCCUCGGACAGCAGAUCCCUCUCACCCCACAACAAUUCUGACUUUUCCUCCGCUGGCGGUUCUCCUCCUUUAGGUCAUCUCAACCCGGCUAUCCCACCCGUCACACCAGCCUCCGCUACCACGCUCAAUCCAGACGACGAAGUCAUCCCAACAGCCAUAGUCAUCAAAAACAUACCUUUUAACGUCAAACGCGAAACUCUCCUGGAUAUCAUCGCUUCUCUGUCCAUUCCAACCCCGUACGCUUUCAACUAUCAUCUUGACCAGCAAGGCUCCUUCCGUGGCCUGGCGUUUGCCAAUUUCCGCCAAGCAGCUGAUGCCGAUGCCGUUGUCGCUGCUCUAAAUGGUUUUGAUGUUCAGGGGCGCAAAUUGCGAGUAGAAUACAAGAAGGUGCUGCAAGCUGGAGAAAAGGAGCGCAUCGAGAGGGAGAAGGCGAUUCGCAGAAUGCGCUCUAUGCAAAUAGAGAAGGAGCAGAUCGGCUCCCCCAAUCAGCUCUAUGAGGAUUAUGGCUCAGCUCUCUCAUCUGCUUUCAGUCCUCAGCGCUCCUUCUCCUCUGGCUCUGCUUAUCAGCAGCAGCAGCCUUCAUACUCCCCACCAGGUCUUGCUGCGAUGCCCACGCCUACAUACUCUCUGCCUCUUGCCUCUGCCCCGGCGGCACCCUCUCAACCGCCUCCUCCUUCCACACCUAGCAUGUCCGAGAAGUCUGCGGCCAGCGAGCUCGAUCUCAAUGAUCCAUCCACCUUGGAGAUUUACUCCAGGAUUCUACUUUUCAAAGAUGACAGAAUGCGCGAUGAAUUGGCCUUUUCCCGUACCUUGACCCCAAAACAACGCAGGGUUGUGCAUCUUAUUGCGCAGAAGCUCGGUGUUUACCAUUAUUCAGUUGGGGAGGGAGACGAGCGGUAUGCUGUGGUAACUAGGAUUGAUCCUCAGAGGCAACAACAGGCCGCGCAGCCUCAGCGUCAGCCUCAUACUCUUUCUCGGGCCCCUUCCGCCUACCUUUCGCCCAUCAGCCCGACUACCACCGUCAACUCCCUUCGUGUGAAGAAGUCCAUGCCAGACAUGAAGACCUUGCACCAACAAGCCCCUCGACUCACAUCCCGUUCUUCGAAUGGCAACAUUCGUGAGGGUUAUGCCACCAUUGCGUCUCCUUCUCGCCGGGUCUCCACAGGCUUCGGGUCACUCUUCUCGAGUAGCAACAACCCCUUUGGUAGCUCUGUCCCUCCUGUUCCUAGCCUCCCAACUUCUCUUUCUGCCGGGAUGAACGGGGGGCACGACAACGCUACUGGAAGUGGUGUUGUACGUCAACCACGCGGACCCGGAAUCGGUGGUUUCGGCAGGCGGGACAGCAGGAUCGGGGUCAGCGAAAGCCAAGUUAGAGUCCGUUCGGAUAGUCUCACGGGCGAUGAUGGACGGGGGGCCACCUGA